AUGCCAGGGCGAGACAUCAUCUCCUGGAACGCAUUGAUGCAAGCUUCCGGAGAGGCAGCGACGAUCUUUGAUCGGAUGCCCGGCCACAAUCUUGUCUCCUGGAACACCAUUCUCUCCGCAAAUGCCCAAGACUGGCACUUGGAAUCAGCCAAGGAGAUCUUAGCGGCCAUGCCGAUGAAGAACGAAAUCUCCUGGACGUCGAUGAUCCAGGCCUAUGGCCAGCGCGGCCACUCCGAGGCGCAGAACCUCUUCAUGAUCAUGCCCACCUGGAAUAUCGUCGCGUGUACCACGAUGAUCACCGCGUUCUCCCAGCGGGGAAAUCUCCAGGAAUGCGAGCGAAUCUACAAAUCCAUGCCGGAGCACGACGCGAUCGCUAGCAACGCGAUGAUCACCGCGUGCUCCACCAGCGGCGAUCUCGAUCAAGCAGAGAGAAUCUUUCACAAUAUGGCGGAGAGGAACACAGCGUCGUGGAAUGCCAUGGUAGCAGCAUAUGCCCAAAACGGGCAUUUGGAGUAUGCGAAGCGUGACUUUGAUACCGCCCAGUGCCGGGACGUGAUUACCUGGAACACUAUGAUCGCGUCGUACGCCAUUUAUGGCCACAUGGCGAUGGCCAAGGCUCUGUACAACACCUCGCCGGCGUGGAACAUCGUCUCGUUGAAUGCCAUGCUCUCGGCAUUUGCCUUAGAAGGGCUCUUGGAUGAAGCGGGAGAUCUCUUCGCCGCGAUGCGCGAGCGCGACGUCGUGUCGUGGAACGCGCUGCUCUUCGGCUAUGGCCAGAAUGGCAAGAUGGAGGAAGCGCGCAAGGUGUUCUUGCGAUCGCCCAGAGGAACGCCGUGUCCUGGAACUCGAUGA